UGCGUAAGCGAUCUCGCGCGCUAAACUUUGCUGUUGAUCACAAACGUAUUGUUGGCAUAAUGGCGGAGAAUGAGAGAGAUACUUGACAAGGUCUGUGCAAUUUUAGGUCCGGUGGCAUACCAUGGACACUAGGCACAAACAGCUCCAUGACCGGGCCAAUGAUUUGUUUUCGCGGCAGCAGUACCAGCAGGCUGCAGAGCUUUUCACCCAAGCUCUGCAGCAGCAGCUAGCCACAGCCACAGCAUGGGGGGACAACAGCAGCAACAGCAGCAACAACACCCAGCAACAGACACCACGUCAGCAGCCCCCAACAGCAAGUAGUAGCCCCAGACACAGUAAUAAUAGCCACGCCCAUCAGAACAACCACGCCUCUCCCAGCCCCCAUCAACACCAUCACCAUCGAGACCACCAUCUCUCCUGCCUGAAUAAACGUGCCACAUGCUUCCUCAAGUUGGAUCAAAAUGAAAAAGCCCUGGAUGACAUCAACAAGUUAUUAGCCCUAUCCCCGACCAGAAGUAGUCUAGGUAAAUUAUUAAUGCGUAAGACCCAAGCCCUGAGCAAGCUACACAAGACCCAAGAAGCAUAUGAAACAGCAAAGCAGUGGACAUCCGCCGAACCAAAGAAUGGCCAAGCAUCCAAAGAAGUAAACAGACUUAAGAGAUUAUUGGAUGAAAAGACAGAGAACCCAUCAACAAGUAGAAAUACAUCAGCAAGAGAUAAGAACGGAACGGAAGCCUCAUCACACCCCUCGCAGUCAAGUGGAAGGGGCCAAGGAGCCAGUGGUGGUAGUGCAAGCUCAGCCUCAUCCACUCAUCACCAGAGGGGGAAACGCAAACCAGCAUCUGAGGGAAAGCAUAAAAAAGAUGCUGGCAAACAAGAGAGCCCUGAGAACUUCUGCUCCUUUUGUCAAGUGCAAUGUUCAACUCAGGUGGACUACCAUCUCCACAGUAUGAGUGAGAGCCAUAGAGCUAUCAUCUCAUCGGACGAAGGACGGGAUUGGAAGCAUCGGCCUCCUCCCAGGGGGGCUGUCGGGGAGGAAUACCUCCUCUGUGCAGACCGUCUAAAAUGCAGAUUUGGUCAGCAAUGUACAUACGCCCAUAGUGAGGACGAGUUAGCUGAGUGGAAGGAGCGCUACAGGUAUAGACAGAUGAAAUACCAACGAGCGAGAGACAAGCAGAUCCAUGGCAUGGGCUUUGCAGAGCAACUCUUUGAGAAGUGGAUGAAUUCACCUGCACCUCUCAAUGUGUUAAGCGAAUCUAUUGAUGAUGUGAAGGUGAGCAUCAACUCCGAUUCCAAUGUCACAGUCUCAAGUAAGAACACUGCGCAUUCCUGGAUCUUCACUCUUCAUUGCAAGCAGCCUAGCAAGCAGCUCCAACGUGUGGCUCUGUUCUUUGACGUCCACCGGCCUCACUUUAGCAUCACCAGCAUCCUGAUUGGUGACUCCAAGCGCCAGAACUCUCUGGACAUCCCGGAGAACUGCCAGGAGUGGAGCAGCAAGAUGAGCUCCCACAACAACAAUAAUAACAUCAACCCGUACAACAGCACCAAGUCCAAGGAGCGCAUCUACCGCGUCAAGAUCCAGUUCACCUCGCAGAUCUUCGGCACGUUCCGUCAGUCGAUCAUCUUCGACUUCGGCAUGGAACCGGUGCUGAUGAAGCGCAUUUCCGUUGACUCGGUGUCGGCCAUGGACCAGAAGGAGCUGGAGGAAGUGCGGGAGUCGAUGGUGUGCGUGACGGAGCGCUGGGAUGGAACCAACAAAACGGUGGUGGACUUCAGUCCGCCGAUCCAGCUGGGGACGGAGGAGGAUAAAGGAUUGCUGUCAUUCUACGUGCCUCCUCACUCGACGGAAGAGCUCUUCAAGCGCUCGGUUUUGGAGAAGACGAUCACAAAGAACAACUACAAGAAUAGGAUGCAUGAUCUGCUGUACAUAGAGGAGACGGCCAGGUUCAGGGACAUUGGCAAGUUCAACAUCAGGACGACCCUCCAGAUGGCCAACACCUUCAUGCUGGUACCGUCACGGAACAGCGGUGCCCGCUACGCCCAGAGCGGUCAGCUCUUCGCUCUCAUGCGCCUCAACGACGACCUCUCUGCCGACACGCCCGGUGGCCGACUGAUCCUCAACAGCUGCAACUCGGUGAUCCUGGCCCCGGUCCAGGAGGGGAGGACAUCUGAGAAGGUCUACGAGGCACCCAUCACGGAGAAGAGCAAGGACUCCAUCUACCUGACCCUGAGCAAGCAGUGCGUGGACGACCUCAGGUUGAAGAACAACUCACAGAUCAAGGUGGAGCUGCAGUUCCAGCUCAAUAGACUUCACAUGUGUGAGAUGCACUAUGCAGUAGACAAGGUCCCAGAUAUGAGCCUUCUCUUCCCUGAGGUGCAUACCAAUGCCAAGGUACCAUGGACCCCAAACAAACAAUGGAGUGACAAGAUGGACAUGCAGAUGAACAGCAAGCAGCGAGAGGCCAUUGUUGCCAUGACGACUCCUCUCGUCCAUCAGCUCCCGCCCAUCUUCCUGGUUGGUCCGUACGGCACGGGGAAGACCUACACCUUGGCCCAUGCGACCAGACUCAUCCUACAGCAGCCUAACACAAAGAUAUUGAUAUGCACACACUCCAAUAGUGCAGCGGACCUGUACAUCAGGGACUACUUCCACUCCUUCGUGGAGUCUGGAAACACCGCCGCCAAGCCCCUGAGGAUCUACUUCAAGGACCGGUGGGUGCCCACCGUGCACCCCAUAGUGCGCCUCUACUGCUGCAUGUCGGAGGGCGAGGACCGAUUCGUCAUGCCCACCAAGGAACAGGUGCUCAAGCACAGGGUGGUGGUAGCCACACUCAGCACCUCAAGGUUUUUGACCCACCUGGAGCUCGAGCCAGGAUACUUCACUCACAUCUUACUCGAUGAAGCAGCCCAGGCCAUGGAGUGCGAGACAGUCAUGCCCCUAGCCCUGGCCACCAAAGACACCAGGAUCGUCCUGGCUGGAGACUACAUGCAGAUAAGCCCUCAAGUGCACAGUGAAUUUGUCUUUGAUCGUCAUCUCCACAUUUCACUGUUGGAGCGUCUCUACGACCACUACCCUGACGAUCAUCCAUGCAAGAUCCUUCUCUGCGCAAACUACCGCUCCCACGAAGCCAUCGUCGACUACACCUCGGAUCUGUUCUACGAUGGCAAGCUCCUGGCGUGUGGCAAGCAGCCCCCACAUCCCAAGUGGUACCCGCUGACGUUCUUCACAGCCAGGGGAGAGGACGUCCAGGAGAAGAACAGUAUCUCCUUCUUCAACAAUUCAGAGGUGUUUGAACUGUGUGACCGGGUGCAAGAGCUUCAGAAGAUGUGGCCAGAGGAAUGGGGGACAUGUGAUGAGAACAGCAUCGGUGUGGUCGCUCACUACUCAGACCAGGUGUUUCGUAUCAGACAUGAGCUUCGCAAGAGGAAACUCUUCAGUGUGUCGGUCGAGAGGGUCAUGAAUGUCCAAGGCAAGCAGUUCCGAGCGCUCUUCAUCAGCACAGUGCGAACACACCACACCUGCAAGCACAUGGUCAAAGCCCAGCCUUCCAAGAAGUCUGGCUCAGCAUCCAAAGACUCUCCUCAGUCGUCCAGUGAGGAAGAACCCGACUAUGGCUUCCUAUCCAAUGACAAGCUCUUGAACACUGCCAUCACAAGGGCACAGUCCCUCGUGGCUGUCAUCGGUGACCCCAUAUCGGUUUGCUCAAUCGGGAAGUGCAGGAAACUAUGGGAGAAAUUCAUCUCCAUGUGCAACGACAACGACAGCCUCCAUGGAUGUACAUUCUCCUCCAUCCAGGACCAGCUAUCCAACGUGGAGAUGAAGAAGACCUAUGUCCUGAACCCUUUGGCAAAGGAGUUCAUCCCUCGAGCUUUGCGCAACCAGAUGAUGGGGGCGCCCUUCAUCCAAGGUUCGCCACCCCGCGGCAUAGCGACCAUCAACAACAACCUCCAUCGGUCGGUUCUAUCUCCGAGUCACACGCCAACCCCUCCCAUUCCUGGUAACCAGUCCUUGCCUUUCUUUGGAGGUGUUGGUGCCAUGCCUGGUGGAAGCAUGGUGAGGCCAGCGAGUCCUGUGCCUUUCAUUGAUCCCUACACUGGAAGGCGUGUCGUCUACGUGCCCAUGAUGCAUAUGCCAGUACCUGUCAGGAUGGUCCAGAAUCCAUAUUAUCAUCAUCAGUUCCCUCACUACUCCUACAUGGACCCUGCUGUGCCUUACCACCCUCAUCAGUUCAUGCACCAAGGGGGCUUUAUGAUCCCCCCUGGUAUGAAGCAGCAUCCGCAAGGGCCACCAGGUUCGCCUGCUCACCAGCCUGCUCAAGACAAGCAUCAGGGACCUGGAGCCAAGGAGGCACCGACAUCAUCGGCUUUGAGGCAUCCUGGUGGAGCUGCCCACAGGAUUCCCUCGGGUUCCCCAGCUAGAGACCCAAGGCUGAUGAGCUUGCCCCUUGGGCAGUAUGACACGGAUAGUCGACGUGGAAGCCACCCUGAGAGACAGGAAGUAGUCGCCAAGAUUGAGGAGAUGCAAAUCAAUGAGGAAUUCCAAUAUUUGUUGCGCACAAGAGGACAAAACUAUGCAGACAACUUCCUGGCGAAUGCCAAGAGGUCGCAGUCACCCAAGAUAGGUCCUGGGAGACAGACGAGUGACACUGCACCUCAGACGAAGAUAUCUCAACAGCAGCAUCAGGGGCAACGAAGCCAAUCUAUGUACACAGACAAGACAGAUGCUCUGGGAGCCAGUGGACAACAGCUUCCGUUUAGCAAUAGUGUCAACCACUGGAAGACAUCAUCAGAGAGUAACCAACCUGACAGAGACCCCUGGCCCACAAGGUCGAAAUCUCACAAUCCAAGGGAUACCCUAGACUCUAAAGGGAAUCAGCCUAGGAUUCGUGAUCCUGCUAUCAUCGACCAGGGACCAGCCUUCAAUAUGCAUAAAAUGCCAUACAGUCCCUUGGAGCCUGCACCACCCAAUGUGUUUGUUGACUCCCACAUGCCUCCUUGGCGCGACCAUGAGGCCAAACACCAGAGGGAAUUCUCAGUGCAGCCUAGUGACCUGAGCCCGCGCACUCCAGCAAACUUCCUGGAUAACAGUCCUGGCAUGAGCCCCCUGGAAUUAGCAAUCCAAUUAGGAGAUGCGAAAGGCAGUUUCCUGGGUAAGUCGCAAAGCAACAGCUUCACAUUCAAUGGAAGAAGUCCAUUGACUUCUCCUAGAGAUGAUCCUAAUCACCUUGCGCCACCCAGCUCAAGGAAAGGCUUUGGACAUCAGGCGAUGCUUGGCCAAGAACAUACCUUCAGACCAGUCAGCAAGGAUGACAGAUCAUCAAGCCCUCAUGGCGCCCAUCCUUCAGUUGGGCACCAAAGAUGGCCACAGUCCUCUAUGAGCAACAACUUCUCAAGCACGCUCUCUCCGCAACAUCAUCAGCAAGAGUUCAACAGCUAUCCACAGUCACAAGGUCUCCAGAACUUCAGCCCUACGACACCCAGCCUGUCUAGUCAGGAGAGCCUUCCAAGCCCUUCAUCGCCUUAUGGACAAGGCAGUACCAGUAACCUCCUGGGCCUGUCCACAAGCCCAACCAACUUCAAGGAUGACGGUAAGCCAUCGAUGUCCUAUGCCAGCGCCCUUAGAGCACCCCCUAAGCCUAAGGUUCGAGCUAAAGACGAGCGAAUGAAGACUGCUUCCCCUGAUCCCUUGUCCCUGAUCAAAGACCUUGGUAACAGGCAUACCAAAGAUGGCUUCUACUCCAUCUUCUGAGCCUGUACUGUGACAUGAAUGGCAUGUUUAAUUAUGACAACAUGUUCUCUUAAUAUUUGCAUUUACUCUUAUUAUCGGUGGUUCGUCGUAAGGCCUAAGAAAGAAAUAAAUUGGAAGAAAUUGGCACUGUAGAUAAAUAAUCCUUUCUUAAAACAAUGCAGUACUUUACUGAUGGCUAUUGUAUUUCCCAUUUAGCUGGAAGACAUUCUCAAAUUUCAGU